UCCCCUUUUGUUUGCUUGGCUCGAGUUGUCUCCCUUAUUUUCUUGACGACGAAGAGAGACUAAAUCUGAGUGAGGCGUUCUGGCCUAGCGUGCACGGACUUCUGGAGCUUGGUCAACGUGUGGAUUGUGAGCCCUCCUCCUGCCCGCUUGGUGUCCCUUCAGAAGAAAAUCGGACUAGCCAACAGAACGGCCUGGAACUCAACUCGUGCGAUUAUCUUCCAUUACUGCACUAGAGAAGUGGAAUCGACGAUUUCUCAGCUCAUCACAUGCAUACAGCUGCAAGAGGAUUGCUGGUGUAACUAACUAAGGCAACAGUUCCAGAGAGAGUUACCCGUGCUGGGCUAGCAGUAGUGCUGUAGCAGUGCGCUAGAUCUAUGAUAGAGCCGCAGCCCUUCAGACAGCAACGCUGGCACAUAGUGGACUAGUCGGGUAAGUUCAGAGCUAAAGUUCAAUGAGACAACGGUCAUGUAGACCAACACGUACUCCAUCAAAAUUGAGCAUCUGAUCGCGAUGAGUCUCAGACUUCUACUUGGCACAGUGGCAGAGACUCGACUCGCAGUCUGACAACUGAUCGUUCGAACACUGCUGGUACUACAUUGUAGUGCUAGAAAUCCAGCAGAGCCGGAGUUGUUGAAGGUUGUGGGAGAUGAAGCGAACUCAAGUACGUGCGUAGCAGCUUCCAGAUUAUUUGACACCACAAGCUGUAUGAGUAUGGUGGCACAUGACAGCCAGGCAGGAGAGACGGUGGAAAAUGGACAAUUGGGCACCACCGAUAAUGACGAGGCAAUAGUGUAUCAUCCUCGUCGAAGAGGUAGCGUGGUCGAUGAGCAUGUUGGAGAUCGUCAUGGAUCGCAGUGUGCGACAGGCAUCGCAAGCACUGCCAGUACAGACUUCACCGAAAAAGAACCCAGCGCAGCACCAACCCUCACACGCCUGCACAGGUCUGUCAUCUUUCUAGUGCUCGGCAUAAAUGGAUUGUUCUCCAUGAUUUGCCUUAGCAUCAUGAUACCGUUCUUUCCGACAGAGGCAGCUCAGAAAGAUCCCCAUCCCAACAGCGUUGAAGGCCUGUCAGCCAUUGGUUUCAUAUUCAGCAUAACAGCAUUCAUGGAAUUCCUCACAGCCCUGUUUGUUGGUAAGAUACUGCCGCACAGUGGGCCGAAAAUCGUCGUCAUCCUCGGUGGAAUGAUGAUAAGCGGCUCGAUUGCUCUGUUUGGAUUCGUUAAUCGCAUUGAUGACUGGCCCCAGUUUUUGGGCAUUUGCUAUGCUCUACGUGCAGUGCAAGGGGUUGGUACUGCAUUCGUGCAGACUGCAUCGUUUGCCCUACUCGUCGGUGUCUUUCCCGCGUCGAUCAGCCUCGUUUCGGGACUCUUGCGCGGCUUCAAUGGCCUGGGAUUUGCUAUUGGCCCGGCUCUGUCGGGUAGCAUUUAUGACCAGCACGGGUUUCUCCUGCCAUUCGUCAUCUAUGGUGGCAUUAUGGCUGCCAGUGCAGCGGCCGUCCUAUUUGUACUGCCCGGUGACAUUGAAACUGAAGCGGACAGAAAGAGCAAGGACAUUUUCAUGGCUACAUUGAAGCUUCCCAUGUCCGCACUGUGGCUGGUGACAGCGCUCGUUUCUGGGGCGGCCGUAGGUUUCCUUGAGCCCGGCAUCUCACCGUAUCUACGCGAUGAGUUUGGUAUCAGCCCGUCACGUGUUGGGCUCAUAUUUCUACUGCAUUCCGGUGUCUAUAUAAUCACAGCACCGCUCACUGGCUACGUCGGCGAUCGCUACAUCAAACCAAAGUACCUGGUGAUCAUCGGCAGCUUUCUCCAGGGCGGCGCACUGGUGCUACUUGGACCAGUGAAGACGGCAAGUGUCCUGACACCGGCACUCUGGCGGUCGACGCUGUCAAUGGCCAUCGUGGGCGGCGGAUCGGGAGUGUCGCAAACAUGUCUGGCACCGGGGAUGCUAAACGCACUGUACAAGGCCGGCUUCACUGACUCGGUAGAGCUACAUGGCACUGCAGCUGGCAUGAUCACGGCCUUCUUCUCGUUGGGCAUCGGUAUAGGACCGCUUGUUGGCAGCGCUCUCACUGGUGUUGUAGGCUUUCCAGAUGCGGCAGCCAUAUUUGCUCUUGCCCUUCUUGCCAACGGGUUUGCAUUCAUUGCAUUCGAUGUGUAUGAAUGUAUACGUGCGUUUGUGCGCAAGAGUGGCUCCUGCAACACUAUUGCUGACACACCUAGCGAGACAACUCCGCUUAUUCGUGAUAUGCAGGAAUCCACAGGUGUAUAGAGCUGUGAACGAGCCUCAGUGGUCACGUGGCUGAGAACACUUCUCCUGGCGUUGGUCUCCUGGUCAUAGUAGGGAGGUUUAGUCCCACGUAAUCCGUGGGUACUUUACGUGAGUGUACCACGUGAUACUCAGUGACCCACGUACAGGCGUUUUCUGAUUCACGACAUACCGUGUAUGGAGGCUCACCCAGGCUCACCCACGUUCCGCCAGAACGUGGGUGAAAAUCAGAAUGGAGCGCAUUGUGUGAGCUGUGAGGGUGCUCAGCUGAAGAAGUUUCCGAAGCACGAAAUCGAAAUAAUUCGAUGAGCUUCUAAGCUUCGUCUUUGAACAGGUUUGGGCCUUUCGCUUCAUGCUUUUGUUUGUUCCGUGUGACUAAACACAACAUUGCAAACGUGGGUCCAUUGCAGGAACUUUACGUGUAUCACCCACGUUCCCCGUAUCAAUUACGUGGGACCAAACCUCCCUGGUGUAUAAUGCAGGUGUACGUUUGUUGAUGUGCACAGCAGCUGAUGUCCAAGGUCAGCGCUAACUCCUGAGAUACUGUUUUUUAAACUGUUUGGUGGUUGAUAACUUAUAAGUAAUGUUGGUUUUAACUUGAUACUUAAAGACUCCGGUCACGGUUCUUGAGAAAAUUUAAUAUUUAUCUGGGUUGAGAGCAGGUAGUUCUGUCAACACAGGCUACAAGUUUGAAAUAACUAUAACACUUAAAAAAACUUCUGAGGUACUUGUCUUUGCGGUCACUCUCUUUGGUCGAUUUUCAGGAAGCACUGCUUGUUCGUUUUCCAGUGAUCCCAUUUCUUGUUUGGUUGUACAGACUCAGUGUUGCGGGUUGCUUGUCCAUGGUAGUCUGUACGGUCUGUGUUGAGCGUGUCUGUACUGUAGCGGGUACUGGAGAAUGUUGUUGUGGUCUGCUGAGCCGCUGCCUUUGCCGAACCUCGGUUUGCCUGAGGGGUUUGUUUGUUGAUAACAUAAUGUAUUACACUUCAUGCUCUU